CUCCGAUGCGCCAGACGUAUCAUUACCACUACGACUCACUAAGCUGGCGGCCCUGCCGCGCGCACGCGUGCGGCCGGUUCGCCAAGGUUCUGGGUCUUUGCCUCGCCCACGCCGACCACCCGUCAUCGUCUGCCGCGUUCAAGCAGUCGCCGACAACCAGUGCCGACGCCCUGCGCCAGCCCACCAUCACAACGACCGGGCGCGUUUGCAAGGCGCACGCGUGCUCGAAAACGGCAAAGUCGGGUGGCUACUGCAUCGCGCACGGCGGCGGCAAGCGCUGCGGCGCCGCCGCGUGCGCCAAGUCGGCCAAGGAAGGGGGUUUUUGCAUUGCCCACGGAGGCGGGAAGCGCUGCGCUCUUCUCGGAUGCACGAAAUCUGCGCUCGCAGGCGGCUACUGCGUCAGUCACGGCGGCGGGAAGCGCUGCAGUGUCCCAAAUUGCACCAAGUCGGCCGUCUCGAGCGGCGUGUGUAUUGCGCACGGCGGCGGCAAGCGCUGCCAGCGCCCUGGCUGCAGCAAGAGUGCUGUCGGCGGCAUUCUUUGUGUGUCCCAUGGAGGCGGUCCGCGCUGCGUCUACGAAGGCUGCAACAAAGGCGCGGUAAGCUGCGGGAUGUGCAUCAAGCACGGUGGCGGCCGGCGACAGCCCGCCCGCCCGACGCCACAGGCGUCCAGCUGA